UUUGUUCUUCUCAUGAUGCCAUACAUUUAGGCAACGUCAUAGGGAAGUACUUGAAGCUGCUAACGUCAGCUAACACGUUACAGAUAUGGCGUUUACAUUAUAUUCCCUUAUUCAAGCGGUGAUUUUGUGUGUAAAUGCUGUCGCCGUAUUGCACGAAGAAAGAUUUUUAAGUAAAAUUGGCUGGGGUGUGGACCAAAGUAUUGGGGGAUUUGGUGAUGAACCGGGCAUUAAAGUGCAGCUAAUGAACCUUGUCCGCUCUGUGAGGACAGUAAUGAGAGUGCCGUUGAUUGCUGUCAAUUCGGUCUGCAUUGUGUUGUUGCUGCUGUUUGGCUGAAGCGAAGACUGGACUGAAUCUGGAUGUUGAACUAAGAGAAGACAUUUUCAGGGCUCAGGGGGAUGUCUCCAUGAUUCCUGAAGGAGAAACCCUACAUGCACAACAAAGAAGAUUACACACACACACACACACACACACACUUGUUGCUGUAUCACAAAGAGUCAGCAUUACAUUUGAUUCCCUUUUUAUUUAUUCCCACUUUACAUGGUCAGACUGAGUAACAGUUCAGAUGCAGGAACAGUCAGUGUUUACUCCUUUACUCCAUUCAGUUUCUUUCAAAGACACCGGUUAGUCAAUGAUGUUUACACAAAGCAGUCCAAAGCAUGUUGCUGCUGGACGAUUUCUACAAUGUCAAAGGAUAAUUUACUUUGAGCACGCGAUUAAUUAAACUUUCUUUCUCCUAAUAUGAAACUGUGAUUGCGUCACAGUGCUGAUUAUGGCAUGCAUGUUGCUUUUAACAUCUUGUAAUCUUAUGUUGUUGCAAAAAUGUUAUGUUGCAACAAAAAAAAAAUAUUCUUCACACCUUCCUGGACAAAAUGUAAAAUGUACAUAAUUUGAACAGACAUAAACACCAUAAGUCGGGAUAUAUCAUAUUUUGUGUCUCAUGUAGACAACUUAAUUAUGUAUGACUUUUUUUUUUCUCACUAACUUUCAAUCAAUUACUUGAAAAAAAUAAACAUUUUUUAAAUAUCAACACAUUUUGAGUUUGUUCAUAUCAAUAACUGAUAUUACCCAACGACAUUACAUGUUGACGUUAUAUAUUUUUUGUCCCAUAACGCACUCCGUACUUCAACACAACUUUCGUUUUGAUUAUGGUUGGAAGUGUCAAAAGUGCAGUAAGGAGACCGAAGUGACUUGAUUAGAAAUAUAUUUGUUAAAUCCAAAAUUGUGUGCAUGUUGGCGAUGUUUUUCGUUUUUUAAUUGCCGUGUAUGAAUGGCAUGGCAGUGUACUCUCGCACUAGCUGCAAACUUCAGUACAAGGGCAGCUAGCACUCGUUCUCCCGAGAAGGCCUUCUUAUAACAGUAUAGUACAUAUUAGUGACCAAAUACAAUAGUCGGUGGAUGCUUCUCAUGUAAUACUUGAAAAUGGAAAAUAUUAUGACUAAUGUUUUCAUUGCUGGGCUCCCAGCGUGUGCCAUAUAUUUUCUUUACGCCAACAUUUAUUGCUCUUAUAAACUACUGAAAGAUAAUGUGGUGUUUGACAGUCAUCAGAGGAUUCCAAGUUUUGCCUACCUUUUUCUCAGAUAUGUAUUCAGAGCUCUUGUCAAAAGACAGGGGCAUUUGUACUUUUGCGAUAGCGAUGUCAAAGGUGAAGUUGCCUUCACCAUCUUUAACUGCAGGUAAACUGAUUGCGCUUGACAAUGUAGCAGUCCGAUUUCUUUUAGGGCUAUGGUUUCAUUUCAAACAACACACUGCCUUACAAAGAUGGUUGUUUAUUUGUUCACGUUUGGACCAAUUAUCUCCUAUGUGCUGUACUUUUUUCUCUCUAAGGUUCAACAAGGAUCUACUGAGGAGGUUCUGUAGUGCAACUGGAUAUGGCUGGGACUACCCAGACAUUGAGUUCAGGGAUAUCCCUCUGUGUUACCCAGAGACCCUCUGUCUGCGAAUGUUUGACAUAUUAAUAUCUGCUGAGAAGUUCAGAUUGAGCCCUCUGGGUCUAGUCCGGGUACGUCAGAGUUUGAGAACAUGGCAGCCAAUAGAUGAGCUGAAGAAGGGACCCUUCAAGUUGCAGGCUCGUGUGUUAGAGUACAGGGUCGUUGAAGAUGGGGUGGAGGUUGACAUUUCUCUAACUGCCAUUUCACGCACUGACCAGCCAGUAUGGGAGAGUGUUUUGACAAUGCUCUCCCAGGACAGAGGCCGAACACCAAACACACAACCUAAACCUGAGUGGUAUGAUGGUCACAUGGACACAUCAGAGACAGAUGACGUGAAGGCGGUGGACAUCAAUGUUCCCUGGACUACAGGACUGAAGUUUGUGUGGGCUUUCUCUGACUACUCUCCACAUUGUCUCCUAACUCUUCCUGCUAAACUCUUGGGCUACAGAUGUACCCAAACUCCUAGUCUAUGGAUGCUGUCUAAAUGCUUGGCUGAAAUUGAAAAGCACAAAGGAGUUGAUGCCAUUAGAGCCCCCAUCUCUGUCACCGCCCAGUUCAAGGAACCAUUAUUGGUACCAGGAAAAGUGACCAUCAAAUUUUGUGAGAGUGUGGGAGUGCAGUCCAAAUGUGUUAGCUUCCAAAUGGAGCGAUACGAGAGGAAGAUACCUCACAUCACGGGACAAAUCUGCAGGACUACUGUAGAGGAUGUGAACUAAAGAUGAAAACGGCGCCAAUGGCCACCCCAGCACCAUUGUUAUUGUUUUUGUUGCUGAGAUGAGGAGCAUCACGUAGCAUGGUAAAAAAUGUUUUGCAGUACUCUUCUAUGAUGUGUUAAAUGAUGUCAUAGUUGAAAAAACUGUGUUUGUUGUUUGCAGUAACUUCUUUGUUGUAAUAUCGCAAAUGGUUGUGGCUGUUUCACCAAUAAGGAUUCCAGCUUUAAGAUGAUCAGUUAUGACAUGACAUUGUAUAAAUAUCAUGUAGAUGAAAGUCGUAAUAAUAAGGGAUGAUUGUGUAAUUAUUAGUGGAAUGACAUCUCAUCUUUGCCAUUAUGUGGCAUCCUAGUCAGGCUUCAUGGCCCAGCAGGGGAUUUACACAAAUGUAUCUUCAAUCCAAUGUACCCCAAUACUGCUACCCUCUAGAAUAGAUAUUUACAUCAAUCAAGAACUGCAGUCUUAAGGCAUUUUCUGUGUCCUCUACAACUCUCUAAUGUUACUAUGUCCACAGAAGCACCAUAAGCUACAGUACCAGGCAUCUGCUAAUGCAGACAAGGUCCCUACAGGGAAUGGAGACUUGAUUAUUUGAUCUGUUUGAUAUUCUUGUUUACUGCCUUCAUGUAUAUGAAGGUCUUUUCUCUUGUAUUACUCAUUGUAAAACUGAGGUGUAGACAGGAAAUAUGUCGAGGAACAUAAACAGUAUUGUUCACUGAAAUGCUUUGUAGAGAUCCAUGAAUUAAACUAUCCCUAAUGUUUAAUGUCAGCAUCUACAUAUUUCUGCCAAACUUCAAAGAGUGGUGAUUAGAUUCUGCCUAGGAGUAAAAUGUUAAAUAAAUAUUACUAAAAUGAA